AUGCGCUACGCGACUUUUGAAGCUUUUUUCCUUAUUUUGGGAACUAUUGCUACCGUUGACGGUAAGAUCGAAAAUGCAAUUAUGCGAGGAAAUUAUAUCGACUUAAGCCGAGAACCCGACCCUAAUUUCAUCGACCACCCUGGGAUUCCUAAGCCCGAAUGCUUUUGGUUUAUGUUUCACGACGGGCAAAGAGUAGAGGCUGGGACUUGUUAUAGCAAUUGGGAGUUUGGAAUGCAAGUUGGUCCAAGCUGGGUUACUAUUCAAUCAGAUGAACAUUGUAAUUUGUUAGGCACUUAUACGCCAGGGUGGAUGGUUUUGGGGAAAAAAAGGCCUGGCUUCUAA